GGUCGUUCAGCACUAGCCUCUACUUUUCCUGCUCUGGACAGCAGAUUGAACACCCGGACGAUUGAUCGACACUCGUCCCGUUUCGCGCUGCGGCGGACGAUAUCGUCAUAUCUCCGUCAUGUCGUAUUCAUUGGACUACGUGACCGGCAUGAGGGCAACGCUGGUAGCUGCCUAUGAUUCUUACGGCGGUCCGGAUAUGUAUACUACAACCACGCUGCCGAACGGACUGCAGUUUCUGACAAGGGUGGUGUAUACCGCAAAGGAAAGGCCCGGCGUCAUCGCCCUCGUUGCUACUUCCACCGUCUCGGCUAUAGCGAUCGUUGGCCUCUUACUGGCAAUUUCACUAUCUGCUUUCAACACACGGUCGUUGACAAAUCAACACUUGUUCGUUCGUACGCACGUCGCUGCAUAUUUCAUCUGUUUGCUGUGCUCGGACAUGUUGCAAGCGGUUGGGUCCAUCAUGAACGCCAGAUGGGUGCUCGAAAUGAGUGUGAACAUGGGGAGUUACUGUCAGAUACAGGGAGCCAUCAAGCAGGCGGCGGACGUAGGGACAGCAAUGUGGAGUUUGAUCAUUGCAGUGCAUACGUUCAACGUUCUCUUCCUGCAACUCGAGAUGCAUAGAUACGUCCUUUAUGCUGCUCUUGUCGGUGGUUGGACAACUAUCGCUGCAAUGGUCCUCGGUGGUCCGGCGAUCCUGAACACGACAGAAAGAGGGCCCUUUUUCGGUAUAUCAGGAUAUUGGUGUUGGAUCUCAGCCGGGUAUCCCACCGAGAGAAUAACACUUGACUAUUUGAUAAUGUUCAUUUCGGCUUUCGGUUGUUUCAUCCUCUAUUCUCUCGUCUUUUUGCGUCUGCGUGGCAACAUUGUGCUCCAUGGUUGGCGCGCACGAUUCCGCUUCAACGUUCGCAAGAACACAGUUACGUGGCGUGGGCAACAGAAUGAGACAAAGGAUAACUACACGAAGGUUGUCGCACGUCGGAUGCUCCUUUACCCAGUUGCAUACACGAUACUCCUGCUACCAAUUUCAGUCUGUCGCUUCAUGUCUUUCGCUGGCCACGAUGUCUCUUUUGAGGUUACUAUGUUCGCAGAUGUCGUGUUCUUGAUGUCAGGAGUCGUUAACGUCACGCUCUUCUCCACCACGCGUCGUAUUCUUCCGCCAAAGAGUGUCUUCAAGUUCCUGAUCUCUCGCCCGAAGUUGGAAUCCGAGUCCUUGACUCCCUCGUUCCUCAACGACGCACCGUCGGUGACCGAGAAAGGGACAGGAUUCGCCCGCAAUGACUACUACGUCUCCUACGAGAGUGGAAGGUCGAAUACAUCUAGCGUCUAUUCGAACACCCCGAUGAUGCCUGCUAUCAACGCACCUGCCGGGGCAUUACUCGCGGACGAGAAAUCCCCUAUAUCGGUAGCAGGGUCUGCCACGACUCCGAACGUUCAUUCCUUCGCUGGCAGGUCUCCCCUUGCGACGAACAGCCCAGUUUCUUCUCAUUCCAAUUUCUCCGCCUAUCACGUCGGAAGUCCGUACAUGGAUGGGAGCCUCGGCAGUUCGCUGUCUUCCGCGGGAUCCCAAGACGUCCUCUAUUCAACACCUUCCCAGACCAUGCUGCAACAGCUCAACACGGAUACGCUUCUUCACGCUCCGGAUGCCACUCUAUGGCCGCCCCCGGCUACCCUGCCUGUGUCUAGGGGACGUCGCCCCGUUGCAUCUGGACAUUCCGAAACAUUGGGUAUUCCCAAUUUGACACGAUCCGACACGGCAUAUUCAGGCGCCAGCUUGUAUGACUUGUACGGCAAUAAUGAAGACACGCAUCGGAUCGACGAGCAGACGGUCCGCCGGUAAGGGGCGUUUUGUUAGCACGUUACGUUCCUUUGGUCAGUGGCUAUGAGAGGACCUGUAUAAUAGCCCUUAGCAGGUGGAGUGUAAUGCCGAUGCAGUGUUAUGCCGACGACGACCUGCCGAUGGGCGUGUACGGCACUUCGGGCACCAAGGCACCUCGCCCACCCAGCCACCAAAUCGAGCGAUUGUACC